AUGUACGACCGCGCGCCGCGCUUGCUCAGGUUGGCCGAGGGGGGCAGCACCGAGGCGCAUGUGGGCCCUGGGUCCUACCAGGUGCCUUUCCCCAAGGAGCGGGACGCAGGUAAGAUGCCCGGGCGCCUCCCCGCGCCGCCUGCGCACGGCCAAGUGGUCGCGGUCACAGCCCAGGCACAGCACACGGAGCAGGCGGGGAAGGGACUCAGGUGCAGGGCUUCCAUCCCUGCCUCGGUUGGCUUCGCCACACCCGAGCCCGUGUGUCUGUGGGCCCUGCUGUUUUGUGGGUACCCAUCCGCUUCACCCUCCUGUCCAUCAGACACAUCCAUUCACAUCAGACAUGUGUCACUUUUGCAGUAUUUGAAAACCAGCCACACGCUGCGUUUUCCAUUUCGCUUACUGCGCAUCACACAUCAUCAUUCAUCUCCGUCCUCCACUGUUACUCAUUCCUGUUCUGAUCACUCUCAGAUGAAAAUCAGCUUUGGAGAUUGGUAUGAUUUUAUUAUACCAGGUGGCUAUGCCCCAUUUCUCUCAUGGAGUGCCAGAGAAAGUUCUUUUACUGUUGCCUCCAACACUGAAAAAGCUCUUCCAGGUCCAGGACACUAUAAUAUUUCAAAAGCACAGAGUACUAUAAAAGGAGGCAACAGUCUGAAAAACCGAGAAAUACGUUUUAAGAAGAUUAUUUCAGACAAUCCAGGACCUGCAAGCUAUGAUCAGUGUUAUCCUGGUUCAUUAGAUAUGAACCAGAAAUUACUAGAAGCUAAAGAGCAUCUUCUGAAGAAAAGUUCAAGACCCUCUGCAGUUAACAGAAGUCUCGACAUCCCUUCAAUUCCUUCCUAUAGACAGUCACAUGGCUAUGAAAUUAAUGAUGAUGGCAUUGUCAAGAGGCUCUCUGCACCCUAUAAUGAUAGCACACUAGGUCCUGCCUACUACAAACCUCAAUUUGAUGCACCCAGAGCGUCUCUAAAAUACAAAGGUAUACAUUUUGGGACUUCUUCAAGAAGUAGACAGUUUUUACCUAUACAGCCAGGUCCUGGACCUGGACAGUAUGAUAUAGUCCAGGAAAAGACACUCCAUUAUGAAAAUGUUAAUGUGAAGAAAGAUCACCAAGAAAGUUGUGCCUCAUUUCUCCCACGAUUUUUUGACUUAAUACCAUUGCAGGAGAAAAAAAGGCAGGAGCAAAACAGGGGAAUACCAGGGCCUGGAAAAUAUGAAAUUAAAAGUCAAUUUCAGAAGACUGAAAGUACAACACUGAAUGUAAAUGAUGCAUCCCCUGCUUUUCUUUCUCAAUCACAGAGAUUUAUACCUACCAAAUCAGUCACUCCAGCUCCUGGUGCAUAUAAUGCAAUCCAAACUCCUGUCAAGUGCUCAAAGAAAGCACCAGUGAAAAAUACCCCAUUUGGUCAAGGUGCUGCUCGAUUCAAACAGAUCUGCAAGAAAGAGCAAUUACCAGGUCCAGGAUUUUAUAAUAUCCUACACAACACUAUAAUUGACAAUAUUAAAAAUAUCUGCUCAAAGAAAAAUAAUAAAUGUGCAUUUGGUUCUUCUACUCCUCGAAGUUUUUUUCAGAUCUCGAAAGAAUCUCCUGGACCUUCACACUACCAGAAAGCUUGGAAUUCAUCGGUCUCUACAACUGCAGAAGAAUUACCUAACUUGAAAAACAACUAUGCUAUUUUCUUGUCAAGAACAAAAAAAAAAAAGUAUACUGUGGUACAUCCGGUUUUACCAGCCCCUGGCAGUUAUGAAGUUCAUAAAUCAUAUGAGAUGUCACAAAUUAAGCGUAAAUACAUGCCACCUCGAAGCAGUAUAGCUGAAAAAAAUCAGUCCUCCUUUCUUAGUGGAACUCCUCGAUACCAAGAAAAAACAACGGAGGGACCAGGGCCUGGAGAAUACGAUCCUGUUUUGAAGAAAUCUUGUCCCAUUCCCUUAUUUGUUAAAGUACCAAAGCGUUUCCAAGAUGUCGAAGAGGACUCUCCUGGCCCAACAACAUACGAGCUCAGUACGUUUUUAAGACAUUCUGUCCUGAAGAAAACAUUUAAUGUCACUCUGCCAAAUUUUCCCCUGAUGAAGAGUAAAAAUACUAAUAUCAAAGAAAAUGCCAAAGAAAAGACAAGUACAAAAGCCCAGGAGACAAAUCAGAAGCUACAAUACGCUAUACAUGUUCCUUGCUCUUCUAGUGACUGGUUUUGUUAUCUUUCUGGCCCCGAUGAGGAAUUAGGAGAUCAUGGUAGCAGAUACAUUGCAUGCCUCUUCAUGUUAACCAUUGUGAUAAUAGGGGUUUUAUAA